UUUGCAAAAAACAUAAACACUGAAGAAAAAAUUCCUUUCUUCGUGAAAUUCGCACUUUCCUGGCCAGGAAUGGCAUGUUGUGUGUCUUUUUGUGUUGUGGAUGAUGCCCAUGGGUGUUCAGCAUGAGGAUUUGCAUGGCCUCGGAUUUCUUCUUCCCUUCCUUUGGAGGAGUAGAGGAGCACAUUUACAAUCUUUCCCAGUGUCUCAUUACCAAAGGUCACAAAGUUAUCGUUGUUACUCAUUCUUACGGAGGGAGGAAGGGUAUCCGGUAUAUGACAAAUGGGCUCAAAGUAUACUACUUGCCAAUAAAAACCUUCUACAAUCAAUGCAUCCUUCCAACUAUGAUAUGCAACAUCCCUCUGUAUCGAGAUAUUUUUGUGCGGGAGAGAAUUGACAUUGUCCACGGGCAUUCUGCAUUCUCAGCACUGGCUCAUGAGAUGAUGCUGGUUGCUUCCCUUCUUAAUCUCAGGGUUAUCUUCACAGAUCACAGUUUAUUCGGAUUUGCCGACCUAUCCGCCGUGGUGACCAACAAAUUCCUCCAAAUCUCUCUGUGCACGUGCAAUCACUGCAUUUGCGUCUCCCACAUUGGCAAGGAGAAUACCGUCCUCAGGGCUUCUGUUCCUGCACACAAAGUAUCCGUAAUUCCAAAUGCCGUAGACACUGCCCUCUUCACUCCGAAUCCCAUCAAAAGGCCCCAGGAUGGAUCAAUUACCGUGGUGGUUGUAUCCCGGCUGGUUUACCGGAAAGGUAUUGAUCUACUUGUUGGAAUCAUCUCAAAGAUUAGCCAAAUGCCCCAAUUGCGUCAUGUAAACUUCCUCAUUGGCGGAGAUGGACCAAAGAGGGGUCUUCUUGAGGAGAUUCGCGAGAAGAACAACAUGCAAGAUCGCGUGACGUUGCUAGGUGCCUUAGAACAUUCCAAAGUUCGUGAUGUCCUGACAAGGGGCCAUAUAUUCCUUAACACAUCCCUCACAGAGGCCUAUUGUAUGGCCAUUGUGGAGGCUGCUGCUACGGGAUUACAGGUUGUAUCGACAAAAGUCGGUGGAAUCCCUGAAGUACUGCCAGAUAAGUUAAUUAUAAUGACAGAUCCAACGGUGGAGGGGCUCCUGAGGGGGCUGGUGUUAGCCAUUAAUAAGCAUAGGGAGCGACAAAAAUUACAACAUAUUUCCUGCAACGGUGUUCACCGAAAUGAUGCCAAAAAUUAUGAUGCCAAGAACGACGUUCUCUGUCCAUUUUCUUGCAAUUCCCUCGUAGCGGAGCUCUACAAUUGGGAGAAUGUGGCCAUGAGAACAGAGAAAGUCUACCAGAAAGUUCUCAGGGAACCCAAUCAACCACUAGGCAAUAAGCUGGCCAGUUGCUUGUGUGUUGUAGCUACCUCAUCACUGGUGUAUGGCCCUACCUUCUCGUGGUGUCCCUGUGCUAUUUAAUCUUGAGACUGUGCGAGUGGUUCACACCAAAAUCCCAUAUUGAUAUUGCCAGAGACUUCCCAUCUUGUCAGCGUCCGCCGCAGCGGAUUAAAUCAAAGAAAAGACGAAGAUAGUGUCCGUAGAAUUUGUAUUUAGAAUUGUAAAUAUAAAUAACAUCUUUUUCUUUCUUGUUAAAUCUGUCUCAGAACAAAAUAAAAAAGACAUUUUUUAAAUAAAAA